GUGACGGGGGAGGUGCGCCGCCGCGGCCGGUGCUGCUGCUGCUGCUUUGUGAGCGCGUUGGGGGCAGAUUUUCUAUUUUGUACAUACAUUGAUUUGUAUAUACUGUAUAUGAUGACUUCGGUGGGCAGUGAACGUACCCGGGGCACUCGAGACAAAGCGCAGAUUGCAGCCACGCAACCAACACAGCCACAGAAACCAGUAGUACAGGCAACAGCGGAACAAAUUCGUCUCGCCCAGAUGAUCUAUGAUAAGAACGAUACAGACUUUGAGGAUAAAGUGAAACAGCUUAUGGAGGUGACUGGAAAGAACCAGGACGACUGCAUAGUGGCUCUCCAUGACUGCAAUGGGGAUGUGAACAGAGCAAUCAACAUCUUGCUGGAGGGAAGUUCUGACACAACUUCGUGGGAGACAGUGGGAGGAAAGAAGAAAAGUCUUGGAAAAGAGAGUUCAGAGAACAAAGAGAACAGAGAAAAGCGAGGGGACAGAGAAGUGAGCCGUGGACGGGGAAGUUCCAGCAGACGAGGAAGAGGGGGAAGCCGUGGUCGAGAGUUUAGAGCAGAGGAGAAUGGUGUUGACAACGGCCAAGUGGAUUGGCCUUCCGAUCGUGGGAAACGUGGUCGAGGGAGAGGAUUUGGACGUGGCAGAGGAAGAGGAACGGGGCGGUUUUCAGCUCAAGCCAUGGGGACGUUUAACCCUGCAGAUUAUACGGAAUCUCCCGCCGCGGACGGCUUUGGAACAAAGCAAGAGCUUUGGGAAGGAGGGCAGAGUGAUGCUGACGACGGCACAGGAGCAUGGAAGAACUCAAUAGAAGAAUGGACGGCUGAAGACUGGAAUGAAGAUCUUUCAGAAACAAAGGUCUUCACUGCUUCAUCUGUGCCAGCUGAGAACCACGUGGCGCCUGGCCAAAGCAUAGAUUUGGGGACGCUGCUUCAGAAGCCCGGGACUUCCAGCCAAGAAACGGGGGCCAACUCCUUCGAGUCCGCGCAGCAGCAAGGCUUUGGACAAGCGUUAGUGUUUACUAAUUCCCAGCACAACCCUCCGGUGGCCUUAGGAGCUGGUAACGCCGGUGCCGUUAACGCCUUUUCUCCGCAGAGCCUGCCUUCGGUCCUCUGUUCCGGAUUUGGAGAGUUUGGCUCUUCGAAACUGGCCGCCCCUGCUGGGUCUCAGUUUCUAGACCAGCUGAAAUCCUCCACCUCUUUGGGUCAGUUCACUUCACAGGGUUCUCCCAGCACAAACCCCUCCUCUGUUUCCACAACCACCGCCUCAUCUUGGGAAGCGAAGCCUUCUGUCUCACAGCCUUCGGUCCUCAGUCAGUUUGAUUUCAAAUCCCAGCCUGAGCCUUCCCCGGUUCUGAGCCAGUUAACGCAGCGGCAGCAGCAACAGAUGCAGGCGGCUCCCACCCCACCUCCCAGACUGGAAUCCUUCACCCCGCAGGUCAAGCCUCGAGAGUCGUCACCUGUAGGCAGCCCCGCGGCGGCCGGCAAACCGCUGCAUCUUCCCAGCCUGCCUAUGGAAAGCCAGGUGUUGCCUGCCCAUCAGACGCCGCAGAAACAGAUGAAGCCACCGAAACGGAAGGUCCCACCAGCUUCCAAGAUCCCGUCCACCGCUGUGGAGAUGCCUGGAUCCACUGACGUGUCCGGAUUAAACGUGCAGUUUGGAGCUCUUGAGUUUGGGUUGGAGGCUUCCCUCUCUGAGUUCGGAUCUGCCACGAGCUACGAGAACACCAGCCAGGCCUCCAACAGCAUACUCUACCCGAAGCCUGUAAGUGAUCCUUUGAAUACCUCUUUGCCAAUGUCCAAUACAGUGCAGGAGUCCACCUAUAGCACCCCUGCCGUCACCUCUGCCAGCCCGAGCUGCUCUUCCCAGAGCACUAGCCCCGUAACAACCGCUUCGUCCUAUGACCAGGCCUCUGUGCAUAGCAGAAUAACGUACCAAAGUUCCAUGCCUCUGUCGGAACCAGCCCCAGCUGCUGUCACGAAUGGACAUGGCACUGUCCGAAUGCAGCCAGCUGCUGACAGUAUUUCAUCAGUUCCAGCGCCGAAGCCAGAAACCUCUCUUCCCUCGCUACCUGCCAAAGGGUCCCCUUUGCCUAGCACCGUGGCUUCCACCGCUUCACUGCUGCCUUCAGGGCCACCGCACACAGCAGCACUCCCCAGUUUGCCGCAAUCCAGUGAACUGGCUGGCAGCUCGCUCUCCCAGUUGAGCAGUUCCCUCUCCAGCCACCCGAGCAGCCUCUCUGCCGCCUCCGCGCUCUCGUCAGCAGCGUUGCACACGCACGCUAGCGUUGAGAGCUCCGCCGCACUCCAUCCUCCCGCAGCCUCUUCGGUUGUUUCCGCGGCCGUUAGCACCACCUCCGCGGCGUCCAGCAUGGCCAGCGCUACCAACAGCCUCGGCCUGACCGUGACCAGCGGCUCUCUGCCGGCCCCCACCACGCGGGCCGCUCCCUUAGUGUCUUCAGGCAAAGCACCCCCCAACCUGCCCCAAGGUGUACCGCCCUUGUUACAUAACCAGUAUAUCGUGGGACCCGGAGGACUUCUACCUGCCUACCCAAUCUAUGGUUAUGACGAUCUCCAAAUGCUGCAAUCCAGGGUACCUGUGGACUAUUAUGGAAUCACAUUCCCUGCUCCUGCUACCUUGACAGGCAGAGAGGGCGGCCUCGCCAGCAAUCCGUACUCGGGUGACGUAACAAAAUUUGGCCGUGGGGAUUCCGCCUCGCCCGUCCCCGCCACCACACUGGCCCCCGCGCAGCAGAACCAGACACAGACUCACCACACGGCUCAGCAGCCCUUCCUCAACCCCACGCUGCCCCCUGGAUACAGUUAUACGGGGCUGCCCUAUUAUGCUGGAGUGCCGGGCGUCCCCAGCGCAUUCCAGUACGGGCCCACCAUGUUUGUCCCUCCUGUGUCGGCCAAACAACACAGCGUCAGCUUGAACGCCGCCUCCGCGCCCUUCCAGCAGGCGAGCAGCUACGGUCAGCACGGCUACGGGGCAGCCUACGAUGACCUGACGCAGGGAACGGCCGCCGGAGACUACGGCAAAGGAGGCUACGCUGGGCCGUCGCAAACCCAAAGCAAAUCUUCUGGCAGCGGACCCGGGAAAGGUGUCUCUGUGACCUCAAGCAACACAGGUGUGCCUGAUAUCAGCGGCUCCGUCUAUAACAAGACUCAGACGUUCGACAAGCAGGGGUUCCACACCGGCACUCCGCCUCCGUUCAACCUGCCCUCGGCCCUGAACUCCACGGGGCCCCUGAACCCUGGUGCUGCCGCCGGCUACGCCCCAGCUCCGUUCCUCCACAUCCUGCCUGCCCACCAGCAGCCUCACUCCCAGAUGCUGCACCAUCAUCUUCAGCAGGACGGGCAGGGUGGAUCCGGCCAGCGCAGCCAGCCGAAUACCUUGCAGCAGAAGCCUCAGGCCUCCAAAGCCGCCUAUGGAGCUUCUCCGUACUGGUCAAACUAACCCUGAAGGGGGAAAGAAGGCAGAGAGUAGCAGCCAACACCCAUCCAUGGACUCCCCCGCCGUGCCCGAAGACGCCCCGCAAAGGAGGCUGGGUGGGCGGGGGUCGCGGGAGCUCGGGCGGAGGGAGAGGGGGAGUAGCAGCCGCUCCUUCCCAUUUGCACGAGAGAAGACUCUUUUGCCUGCUUCCUCUGUGAUUUGCCCCCUGGUAUGUAAUAUAUUUAAUGUAUGUAUUUGUAAAUGUAAUAGAGCCAAAUGGUGGUUUCUGCA